AUGGCCAUGGAAACCUUAGGUUCUAUAAUCCUGCAAGCAGGAAAAUACCUCUGUGGCUUCAUAUUCUCCAAGGCCACCAUAUUCAUCAAAUUUCGAUCUAACGUGGAAGAACUCGACCGGUACAUGAAACGACUUGUGAAUCUGAAAACCACCAUAAAUGAAGAGCUUGAAUCCGCCGAUAAAGAAGGGAGGCUACCGACUACGGAAGUUAAAGAGUGGCUGAAAGAUGUCGAAGAAAUCCAGAUCAAAGUGAAUUUGAUAGAGGAAGAAGUCACAUCAAAUGAAGAAAAUCUAUGUGGGUGUGGGCUAAAUUGUUGUAUGCGAUAUAGAUUGAGCAAAGAAGCGGUGGAAAAGCUCGUGGACGUGAAAGAAGCUAUAGAUUCAGCUAAUUUUCCAGUGGGGAUGGUGGUGAGGAAUCCCCGAGCACGGGCGGUUGAGGAGAUCCCGGUUGCACCAAUCAUGGGUCAGAGAGCGGCACUUGAUACACUAGAACGGAUUUUGGAGCUUGUGGUGGAUGAACGAGUCGGAUAUAUUGGGAUAUGGGGUAUGGGAGGAGUAGGCAAGACUACUCUGGUAAAAAACUUGAACAACAAGCUUGAAUGCUCUUCCUCAGCUCAAGCUUUCGAUGUUAUCAUAUGGGUGACGGUAUCAAAGGACUCCGACAUGAAGAGGGUUCAAUCGCAGGUCGCUAAAAGAUUGAACGUCAGGAUGGGAAGGGGAGAAACCAUACAGGAACUUGCUAUUCGGUUGUUCGCAGAAUUGAAGGGGAAGAAAUUCCUCUUGAUUCUCGAUGAUGUCUGGGAGAAAAUCGAUCUGGAUGAAUUGGGUAUACCACAUGGGGAAGGUCACAAAGGUUUUAAGAUCAUAUUGACCACUCGAUCUCUCGAUGUGUGUAGGGGGAUGAAGACGGAUAAAGACAUCAGAGUGGAAGUUCUUAGCGAUGAAGAAGCUUGGAUGUUGUUUUGCCAAAACGCAGGAGACAUGACUGAUUUUGUCAGGGUAGGAGAACUUGCAAGAGCUGUUGCUAGAGAAUGUAGCAGUCUGCCACUAGCGAUCAUCACCGUAGGGAGGGCUAUGAGGAGGAAGACGAGGAUCGAGUUGUGGAAGCAUGCUUUGGAAGAACUGCGAAGCUCAGUCCCAGACAUCAGAGGGAUAGAAAAGGAGGUCUUUUCUCCAUUGAAGUGGAGUUAUGACUCAUUACAAGGUAAGAACAUCAAACCAUGCUUCUUGUAUUGCUCUUUAUUCCCUGAAGACUACUCUAUCGAAGCAAGCAAACUCGUACAAUACUGGAUAGCAGAGGGAUUAAUCGAUGAGAGGCAGAAUUUCGAAUCAGCAUCAAAUAGGGGGAUUGCCUUGAUUGAAAAUCUCAAGGACUCAUGCCUCUUGGACAAUGGCGCACACGAGGGGACAGUAAAGAUGCAUGACGUUGUCCGCGAUGUUGCCAUCUGGAUAGCAUCCUCGCUCGAAGAUGGAAGCAGGUUCUUUGUUUAA